AUGUUGUUUUGGAUAUGGUGCGUGGUGUUAGUGGCGGCGUUGGUGCUGUAUCUGAGACAGAAGUAUUCCCGGUUUUCUGCUUGUGGAGUAAAAUAUUUAAGCCCAGUCCCAUUGCUGGGAAACUUGACGCGAAUGUUAUUCCGCAUCGACCAUUUCUCGGACCAGAUACUCAGACUUUAUAACGCAUAUCCUAACGAAAGAUUUGUUGGGCGAUUCGAGUUCCUGAGCCCAAUAGUGAUAGUGAAUGACUUUGAGCUAAUCAAGAUGAUCACCGUAAAGGACUUUGAAUACUUUCUGGACCAUAGAUCUAUGAUUGAUGAGAAAUGCGAACCGUUUUUAGGGAGGAACUUAUUUUCUUUAAAAGGCCAAGAAUGGAAGGACAUGCGAUCAACCUUGAGUCCAGCUUUCACCAGCUUAAAGAUGAAGCUAAUGGUACCUUUCAUGGUGGAAGUAGGUAAUCGGAUGAUCGAAACAUUAAAAAAGAAGAUCAAGCAGUCCAAAACCCGAUAUUUAGACAUGGAUUGCAAAGAGCUAACUACCAGGUACGCUAAUGAUGUCAUCGCCUCCUGCGCAUUCGGAAUAAAGAUAGAUUCUAUGGUCGAUGAGAACAAUGAAUUUUACCAAAUGGGUAGGGAGGCUUCCUCCUUCAACUUCAGACAGCUAGUAUUGUUCUUCCUAUCACAAAACUUCCCAAAGAUCAUGCAGUUUCUGAAGAUCGAAAUUUUCAAAGAAGUAACUAAGAAGUUUUUCAAACAAAUAGUGAUGGGUACUAUGAAUGAACGGGAGGCAAAGCAGAUUGUAAGACCGGACCUAAUCCACCUUCUCAUGGAGGCAAAGAAAGGCUCUGAUGCUGGAUUCGCAACUGUAGAAGAGUCAAAUGUUGGAAAAAGGAAUGUGGACAGAGUAUGGGCUGAUGAUGAUUUAGCCGCUCAAGCUUUUGUAUUCUUCAUCGCUGGCUUCGAGGGCAUCUCAUCAUUGAUGUGUUUCACUCUCUACGAACUAGCUCUCAACCCUAAUAUCCAGAAAAAAUUGUUUGCUGAGAUCAUGGAGAAUGAGAUCAAAAACAACGGCAAAUUCGAUUACACCUCCAUACAAAGCAUGGUCUAUUUGGACAUGGUGAUAUCAGAAGUGCUAAGGCUUUGGUCACCAGGAGUAGCGUUGGACAGGAUCUGCAACAAGGAUUAUAACAUCGGAAAAGCUAAUGAAAAAUGUGAUAAAGAUUAUAUUAUCCGUAAAGGAGAAGGUGUAAUGAUCCCUGUGUGGGGUAUCCAUCGUAAUCCUGAGUUCCACCCUGAUCCGCUCAAAUUCGAUCCCGAAAGAUUUUCAGAGGAGAAUAAACACAAAAUUAAACCAUGGACGUAUAUACCGUUCGGAAUAGGACCAAGAAAUUGUAUUGGUUCGAGAUUCGCAUUGUGUGAGGUGAAGGUGAUGCUGUAUCAGCUGCUGCAGCACAUUGAGGUCUCUCCCUGCGAUAAGACCGUCAUCCCGGUCAAACUUAGUACAGACACGUUCAAUUUGAAAAUGAAGGGGGGGCAUUGGCUCAGAAUGAAGUUAAGGCAAUGA